CCACCCGACCAGUCACACUCGCGACCAUGACGCUGAAAUGUUGCUUUCUAGGCUUCCUCCUCAGUGUCCUCCUGCCUGGUGUGGUAGAAACUCAGCCCGCCAACGAGUCUCUGAAACCUCAACGAGUCCAUUUUCAAUCCCGAAAUUUUCACAACAUUUUGCACUGGCAGCCUGGGCGGGCUUGUCUUGGGAACAACAGUAUCUAUUUCGUGCAGUAUAAAGUGUAUGGAGAGAGACAGUGGAAAAAUAAAGAGAACUGCUGGGGGAUUCGAGAGUUCUUCUGUGACCUUACCAAUGAAACGUCAGAUAUAUGGGAACCUUAUUAUGGGAGAGUGAAGACAACUCUGGCUGGGAUCCACUCAGGCUGGACCAUGACACAGCGGUUCACUCCAUGGUGGGAAACAAAAAUAGAUCCUCCAGUCAUGAAUAUAACCCACAUUAAUGGAUCUUUGUUGGUAAAUCUCCAUGCUCCCAACUUACCAUACAGAGACCAAAAAGGGGAAAAUGUGUCAAUGGAAUACUAUGAGCUAGUAUAUCGAGUCUUCAUAAUUAACAAUUCACUGGAAAAGGAGCAAAAGGUGUAUGAAGGAGCUCACAGAGUUGUUGAAGUUAAAGUUACCUCACCUUACACUGGUUACUGUGUAGUGGCUGAGAUAUACCAGCCCAUGUUAGACAGAAAAAGUCAGAGAAGCCGAGAGAGAUGCGUGGAAAGUCCUUGAAAUACUCUGCAGAGUGCAAUUCAAAGCCAUCUGAGAAUGAGACGACUUGUUUUGAAGAAUCUUAUUGAAAGCCAUUCUUAUAUUUUCUUUUUUUUAAAUUGAAGUAUAGGUGAUUUACAAUGUUACAAUGUUAGUUUUUAUAUUUUCUUAACACAGUGUUCACCAUUAUACUUCAGGGACUUUAUUUAAUAGUUCUUUCUUCUUUUAUAUUUUAUUUGUAAAUUAAAUUUAAGCAGUACCUCUCCCCACCCCACCCCCCAAAUCAUCAGAAUUUAAACAGUUACAAAAUAAGGACUCUCUGAAAUACAGAACUUUGCUUCUGUCUCUAACAUCUCUAACAUAAUCUCCAUUCUUCCAAGUCUGCUAAAUAAAAACUAAAGAACCAAAGAGGUGUAGGCAUUUUUAAAAAAUAUUCUUGAAUAAAUCUUUAAAAAUAGUUUUACAAACAAGUGAUCCAGAUAUAAUUCUUUUUCAGUCUCUACUGACAGUUAACGUGACAUAGGUAAUUCAACUUUCAGAUAAGUGAAAUUUUUAUGUGAAGAAGUAUUUUCCCAUAUGUUUCUAUUUUAUAUGAAUAUACUUCAAAGACAUUCAUUUUCCAUUAUAUAAUAUUCCUACUUAAUGAACCAAUAUUUUAUUUUAAGUUAUAAGCUUCUCACAAUCUCUGGAUUAAUAUCUAAAUAGUUUAUCAACAAUAACAUCUAAACACCAAAGAACGCCUACUCAAUAUAAGUUCCCGCAUUUAGCACAUACUCACAUUAAUAUUUGGAGAAGGCAAUGGCAACCCACUCCAAUACUCUUGCCUGGAAAAUGCCAUGGACGGAGUG